GCGAUCGAGCGCUCCGCGUCUCAUUUUGAUUAAAGCCCGAAUCCCUUCAGUCUGAAGGCUGGGCGCAAGGAAAGGACGAUCGAAGGGGGCCCGGCGAGACAAAAUACCCUUCACCUAUGGCUGUUUAGAGCAGAUCGGGCACAUUUGGGAUUGUAGAAGGGACAUCAUUUUCAAAUAAGCAGAGGUCGCCCCGGGUUUUGUGCACAUUUGUGGGCGCCCGACCAUGGAGAGGCCAAGGUGGUACCCAAUGUGGAAAACGAAAAGGUGGCUUUUGGAUUCCACUAUUUUCAAAUUCAUCACAGUUUCCCUCGUCCUGGUUCUGCAGGCUCCAAAUGUCAGAGCAGCAGAACCUGUGGAUGUCCUAAAAGUAUUAGAAUUUCCCACUGUCCCAGAAGGACUACAGAAAACUUCAGGAUUUUGCACAAACCGAAGAGCAUCACAGCCGGACACGGCCUACAAAAUAGGCAAGAAUGCCCAGAUCAGUGCCCCAACCAAGCAGCUUUUCCCAGAUGGUGUGUUCCCUGAAGACUUUUCCAUCCUAACCACCAUCAAGCCCAAAGCUGGAAUCCAGUCCUUCCUUUUGUCCAUCUACAACGAGAAAGGCGUCCAGCAACUAGGCGUGGAGGUGGGCCGCUCACCUGUCUUCCUGUACGAGGAUCAGACAGGCAAGCCUGCCCCCGAGGAUUACCCGCUGUUCCGCUCCCUCAACCUGGCCGACGGAAAGUGGCAUCGUGUAGGCAUCAGUGUUGAGAAGAAGACCGUGACCAUCAUUGUCGACUGCAAGAAGAAGCUCACAAAGCCCUUGGGCAGGAGUGACCAUGCUGGAAUUGACACCAAUGGUAUAACCGUUUUUGGAACCAGGAUCCUGGAUGAGGAAGCGUUUGAGGGUGACAUCCAGCAACUGCUGAUUGUGGCCGACCCUAAAGCAGCUUACGACUACUGUGAACACUACAGCCCAGACUGUGACGUCCCCCACAAGGACACACUGCAAGCACAGGAGCCCGGAGAGGAGUACACAACUGCUGUUGAUUACGGUGAUUUAUAUGAUUAUUAUGAGGGAGCGACCCCCACAGCGACAGAUGAAUAUUCUGAGCCGCAGCCUAACAAUGUAGAUGGGGAAUACUAUACAGACAGUGAACUUGACUACGGAACAGUAGAUGCUUCCAAAACUCAGUCUUCUGUCGCAACCACUGGACCAAACCAGGCUGUGGAAGAGGAAGUUUUCGGUGACUAUGUCACUGAGACGGCCCAGGCUGGUCUGGAUCUGACUGCUGCCCCAGAAGCAGCGCUGCCCAGAGGCACCGCCGACCCCGUCGGAGUGGACGCGUAUGACUUUAAGGAGUAUGAUCUUAAGGAAUAUGAUGUGACUGGGCUUGACAAAAAUCAAUAUGAGUAUGGGGCGUACGAUGAGUUUGGCAAUGUGGCUCCAAAUCCUACGUCCAAUUAUGAGGACAGUUUCGGGCCAGGGGUUGCCGCCGAAACCGACAUCGCUGAAACAGAAGUGACGUCGGACUUGGGUGGUGGUGCUGCUCUGGGUCAGAAGGGAGAAAAAGGAGAACCUGCAGUGAUUGAGCCGGGAAUGCUGAUUGAAGGACCUGCUGGACCACCUGGACCUGCUGGUCUUCCAGGCCCUCCAGGUUUACAUGGCCCCCCUGGUUCAGCCGGAGAUCCUGGUGACAGGGGUCCUUCCGGCCGUGCUGGUCUUCCCGGAGCGGAUGGCUUGCCAGGCCCCCCUGGUACUAUGCUGAUGCUGCCAUUCCGGUUUGGCGGUGAUGGGGAAAAGGGUCCAGUGGUGUCGGCUCAGGAGGCCCAGGCUCAGGCCAUUCUCUCUCAGGCCAGGCUCGCCAUGAGAGGUACAUCAGGUCCAAUGGGUCUCACUGGACGAUCUGGCCCAGUGGGUCUUCCAGGAGCUCCUGGGCUGAAGGGAGAUAGUGGAGACCCUGGUCAUCAGGGUCCGAGGGGUAUCCAAGGCCCACCAGGGCAAAUGGGAAAAUCUGGCAAGAGAGGUCGUGCUGGAACCGACGGGGCCCGUGGAAUGCCUGGAGAAUCUGGAUCUAAGGGUGACAGAGGUUUUGAUGGGCUUCCAGGUCUGCCUGGUGAGAAGGGACACAGGGGUGAGAACGGUCCUCCUGGUCCCUCUGGACCUCUUGGAGAGGACGGACCAAGGGGAGAAGAUGGAGAGAUUGGACAAAGAGGACUUGCUGGUCCACAGGGCCCCAUCGGACCACCUGGAGAAAAAGGUCCUCAGGGAAGGUCUGGUUUGCCUGGAUUGCCUGGCGCAGACGGACCUCCUGGACAUCCUGGUAAAGAGGGUCCUGCUGGAGAGAAAGGAGCUUUGGGCCAGUCCGGUCCCCAGGGCCCCAUCGGCUAUCCUGGCCCUCGCGGUGUGAAGGGUGCUGAUGGCGUUCGUGGACUGAAGGGAGGCAAAGGAGAGAAGGGCGAGGAUGGUUUCCCGGGUUUCAAGGGAGACAUGGGUCUCAAAGGCGAUAGGGGUGAGCUUGGAUUGGCCGGACCCAGAGGUGAGGAUGGACCAGAGGGUCCGAAGGGUCGUGCAGGUCCCAAUGGUGAAUCUGGAGCCCUGGGACCUGCUGGAGAAAAGGGCAAACUUGGUGUUCCGGGAUUACCCGGCUAUCCAGGACGUCAAGGACCAAAGGGUUCGACCGGUUUCCCCGGAUUCCCAGGAGCCAAUGGAGAGAAAGGAGGCAGGGGAGUUGCAGGGAAACCCGGUCCAAGAGGUCAAAGAGGUCCGACGGGUCCCCGUGGUGCACGCGGUGCCAGAGGCCCAACAGGAAAGCCAGGCCCUAAGGGCACAGCAGGCAACGACGGUCCACCUGGCCCACCCGGCGAGAGAGGACCUCAAGGGCCCCAGGGUCCCGUUGGUUUUUCAGGACCAAAGGGCCCUCCUGGACCACCUGGAAAGGAUGGGCUGCCCGGUCACCCUGGCCAGCGGGGAGAGACUGGUUUCCAAGGCAAAACUGGCCCACCAGGACCUGGAGGUGUUGUCGGACCACAGGGUCCAACAGGAGAAACCGGCCCUAUUGGUGAGAGAGGACAUCCUGGACCCCCUGGACCCCCCGGAGAGCAAGGUCUUCCAGGUGCUGGUGGAAAAGAAGGUGCAAAGGGAGAUCCAGGUCCUCCGGGCAGUCCAGGAAAAGACGGUCCUCCGGGACUGAGAGGGUUCCCAGGAGAGAGAGGUCUUCCUGGAGUGACAGGUUCACCAGGUUUGAAAGGAGCCGAGGGCCCUCAGGGCCCCCCUGGUCCUGUUGGUUCCCCUGGUGAGAGAGGAGCAGCAGGACCUGCUGGCCCCAUUGGCCUGUCCGGACGUACUGGACCUCAGGGACCCCCGGGACCUGCUGGAGAGAAGGGUGCACCGGGAGAGAGAGGCCCUCCAGGUCCAGCCGGUCGGGAUGGAGUACAAGGUCCAGUUGGUCUGCCAGGUCCAGCAGGACCUCAGGGUCCACCUGGAGAAGAUGGUGACAAGGGAGAAGUGGGAGAACCAGGCCAGAAAGGAAGCAAAGCUGACAAAGGCGAACAGGGUCCACCAGGUCCACCUGGUCUUCAGGGAACUAUUGGAGCUCCUGGACCUGCUGGAGGUGAUGGUGAACCAGGUCCUCGUGGACAGCAGGGUAUGUUUGGACAGAAGGGAGAUGAAGGAUCCCGAGGCUUCACUGGACCUCCUGGUCCCAUCGGUCUGCAGGGUCUUCCUGGACCACCUGGUGAGAAAGGAGAAAAUGGAGACGUUGGUCCUAUGGGUCCCCCUGGCCCACCUGGUCCCAGAGGUCCUCAAGGUCCUGCCGGUGCUGAUGGUCCACAAGGUCCUCCUGGUGGAAUAGGAGGAAUGGGAUCUGUAGGUGAGAAGGGUGAGCAAGGAGAAGCUGGAAACCCUGGACCUCCUGGCGAGCCUGGACCUGGGGGCCCAAAAGGUGAGAGAGGAGAGAAAGGUGAAGCUGGUCCCUCUGGUGCUGCUGGACCUGCAGGUCCCAAAGGACCCCCUGGAGAUGAUGGACCCAAGGGUAAUCCUGGCCCUGUUGGUUUUCCUGGAGACCCAGGUCCACCUGGUGAGCCAGGUGUUGCUGGAAUAGAUGGAGGCCCAGGAGAAAAAGGAGAUGAUGGAGAGUCUGGUCAACCUGGACCUCCUGGUCCCUCUGGAGAAGCUGGCCCACCAGGACCUCCUGGCAAAAGAGGACCCCCGGGGGCUCUUGGAGCUGAAGGCAGACAAGGAGAGAAGGGCGCCAAGGGUGAGGCAGGAGCUGAGGGUCCACCAGGUAAAACUGGGCCAGUUGGCCCUCAGGGCCCUCCUGGAAAGCCUGGUCCUGAAGGUCUACGAGGAAUCCCUGGUCCUGUGGGUGAACAAGGACUUCCUGGUGCUCCUGGACAAGACGGCCCACCUGGACCAAUGGGACCUCCUGGUCUCCCAGGCCUGAAAGGAGACCCCGGCUCUAAGGGUGAGAAGGGUCACCCCGGUCUUAUCGGUCUCAUCGGACCCCCCGGUGAGCAGGGAGAGAAGGGAGAUCGGGGUUUGCCUGGUCCUCAGGGCACUGCUGGCAGCAAGGGUGAUUCGGGUAUCAGUGGUGCUUCUGGUCCGUUUGGUCCACCUGGUCCUCCUGGAUUGCCUGGUCCACAAGGGCCAAAGGGAUCCAAGGGUUCGACUGGUACUGCUGGUCAAAAGGGAGACACCGGCUCAGCUGGACCUCCUGGUCCUCCUGGUCCUCCUGGUGAGAUCAUCCAGCCUCUGCCUAUCCAGAUGCCCAAGAAGUCCCGUCGCUCCAUCGACACGCAAACGGACGAGGCCGGCACCAUGCUGGAAUACGGAGAGGGCAUGGAAGAUAUCUUCAGCUCCUUGAAUAACCUCAAACAGGACAUCGAGCGCAUGAAGUACCCCAUGGGCACGCAAAACAACCCCACACGAAGCUGUAAAGACCUACAGCUCGCUCACCCAGAAUUCCCAGAUGGUGAAUACUACAUCGAUCCCAACCAGGGAUGCUCCGGGGACUCCUUCAAAGUGUACUGCAACUUCACAGCGGGAGGCGAGACCUGCAUCUUCCCUGAUAAAAAGUCAAAUGGAGUGAGAAUAUCUUCAUGGCCCAAAGAGGUUCCUGGCUCCUGGUUCAGUGAAUUUAAGCGUGGCAAAAUACUUUCAUACGUGGACGCAGAAGGCAACUCGAUAAACAUGGUCCAGAUGACCUUCCUCAAACUACUGACAGCCUCCGCCAGGCAAAACCUGACCUACAACUGCCACCAGUCUGUCGCCUGGCACGACGCCACUACGGACAGCUACGAUAGGGCACUACGCUUCCUCGGCUCCAAUGACGAGGAGAUGUCAUAUGACAACAACCCCUUCAUCAAGGCCCUGUCAGACGGCUGUGCGAUGAGGAAGGGCUACGGAAAGACGGUACUGGAGAUUAACACUCCCAAGAUCGAUCAGGUUCCGAUCAUCGAUGUGAUGUUCACUGACUUUGGGGAUCCUAACCAGAAAUUUGGAUUCGAAGUUGGUCCAGUCUGCUUCCUUGGCUAAAAAACACAGACAAAGAAAAAAAUACCAAUAACUUGGCAGGGUAGGACGGGUUAGCGCACGAGUCAAGACUUUUUUUUUCUUGAUCUCAUCAAACCAUCAAGCCCCUGUUCCUGCCACAUGCAAGUUUUGAAUAAAAAAUGGGGUAGCGAACACGUCUUACCUAUUACCCAGGAAAAUACUUGUUGCCCUUGUAGGGCAAGGAUCACAUGAAACCUGCUAUGGAACAAAAAGGUGAAGGACAACGUCAAGCCAAGGCAAUCGGUGAACCUGGGAGGUCCAUGAGACGGAGAAAGGGAGGACCUCUCAUCCAGAGUCUAUCGGUGCAGCGCAAAAAA